CGGGAGUAUGCCCGCGCAGCCCCGCUGAAUGGCGCCUCCUGUGCGCCCGGGGAUGUCGCCCCUGCUGCUGUUGCUGCUGCUGCUGCUGCCGCCGCUCGGCUGGGUUCCAGGAGUGUGGGGCUUUAGCGAACUGUUUUUCAUGAAAGAACCACAGGAUGUAACUGUCACGAGGAAAGACCCGGUCUCUUUAGAUUGUCAGGCUCACGGAGAGGGUCCCGUGAAGGUCACGUGGUUGAAAAAUGGAGCAAAACUGUCUGAAAAUAAACGGAUCCAGGUUCUAUCCAAUGGCUCUUUGUACAUCCGUGAAGUGGAGGGCCGGCGAGGAGAGCAUUCGGAUGAAGGAUUUUAUCAGUGCUUGGCAGUGAACAAAUACGGGGCCAUUCUCAGUCAGAAAGCUCAUCUGACAUUGUCAACUAUUUCUGCGUUUGAAGUCCAUCCAGUUUCUACAGAAGUCCACGAAGGGGGAGUUGCUAGAUUUUCUUGCAAGAUUUCAUCAAACCCCCCUGCAGUCAUUACGUGGGAGUUUAAUAGGACAGCCCUGCCUAUAACCAUGGACAGGGUGACUGCCCUGCCGUCAGGAGUGUUGCAGAUCUAUGAUGCUGGCCCGGAGGAUGCUGGGAAUUACCGCUGUGUUGCCGCAACUAUAGCUCAUAAACGUAAAAGCAUGGAGGCCUCUCUAACCAUAAUUCCAGCUAAUGAAUCGAGAGCCUUCUACAUGCCGACCAUUGUAGCCGGGCCGCAGAAUGUGACUGUGUCCUUACAUCAGACAGCCGUUCUAGAGUGUAUGGCCACAGGAUAUCCCAAACCCAUCAUUUCCUGGAGCCGGCUCGAUCACAAGUCCAUUGAUGUCUUUAACACUCGGGUCCUUGGAAAUGGCAACCUCAUAAUAUCCGAUGUCAAGCAGCAGCACACCGGAGUGUAUGUUUGCCGGGCCACCACCCCUGGCACGCGCAACUUCACGGUUGCUAUGGCAACUUUAACCGUAUUAGCUCCUCCUUCAUUUGUUGAAUGGCCUGAAAGUUUAACAAGACCACGAGCUGGUACUGCACGGUUUGUGUGUCAGGCAGAGGGAACUCCCUCACCCAAAAUGUCCUGGUUAAAAAAUGGGAGACGGAUACAUUCUAACGGCAGAAUUAAAAUGUACAACAGCAAAUUGGUAAUUAAUCAGAUUAUCCCAGAAGAUGAUGCUUUUUAUCAGUGCAUGGCCGAAAACAGCCAAGGAUCUGCUCUGUCUCGAGCCAGACUGACCGUGGUCAUGUCGGAAGAUAGACCCAGCGCUCCAUACAAUGUCCAUGCUGAAACCAUGUCGAGCUCUGCCAUCCUUCUAGCUUGGGAGAGGCCGCUAUACAACUCAGACAAGGUCAUUGCCUACUCUGUGCACUACAUGAAGGCCGAAGGUUUAAAUAACGAGGAGUAUCAGGUGGUCCUUGGGAAUGACACAACUCAUUACAUCAUCGAUGACUUAGAACCUGCCAGCAACUAUACUUUCUACAUCGUGGCGUACAUGCCAAUGGGAGCCAGCCAGAUGUCGGACCAUGUGACCCAGAACACUCUAGAAGAUGUGCCCCUAAGACCUCCCGAAAUUAGCUUGACGAGCCGAAGUCCCACCGACAUUCUCGUCUCCUGGCUGCCAAUCCCUGCCAAGUACCGGCGCGGCCAAGUGGUGCUGUAUCGGCUGUCCUUCCGCCUGAGCACCGAGAAUGCCAUGCAAGUUGUGGAACUCCCGGGGACUGUGCAUGAGUACCUCCUGGAAGGCCUGAAGCCUGAUAGCGUCUACCUGGUCCGGAUUACUGCUGCCACCCGCGUGGGGCUGGGAGAGUCAUCCGUGUGGACCUCACACAGAACGCCCAAAGCCACGAGUGUAAAAGCCCCUAAGUCUCCUGAGCUGCAUUUGGAACCCCUGAACUGCACUACCAUCUCCGUGAGGUGGAUGCGAGACACCGAGGACCCAGCCGCCAUUCAGGGCUACAAGCUCUUUUAUAAAGAGGAAGGGCAGCAGGAGAACGGACCUAUUUUCCUAGACACCAGUGACCUGCUCUAUACGCUCAGCGGCUUGGAUCCCAGAAGAAAAUACCACGUGAGGCUGCUGGCUUACAACAACAUGGAAGACGGCUACCAGGCUGACCAGACCGUCAGCACUCCCGGAUGCGUGUCUGUUCGCGACCGCAUGGUCCCUCCUCCGCCGCCACCCCACCAUCUCUAUGCGAAGGCUAACACUUCUUCUUCCAUCUUCCUGCACUGGAGGAGGCCUGCCUUCACCACGGCUCAAGUCAUUAACUACACCAUCCGCUGUAACCCUGUCGGCCUGCAGAACGCCUCUCUGGUUCUCUACCUGCAAACAUCAGAGACCCACAUGCUGGUUCAGGGACUGGAACCAAACACCAAGUAUGAAUUUGCCGUCCGGCUGCAUGUGGAUCAGAGCUCCAGUCCCUGGAGCCCCGUGGUCUACCAUUCCACACUCCCAGAAGCGCCCACGGGCCCCCCAGUGGGGGUGAAAGUGACACUAAUAGAAGAUGACACUGCCCUUGUUUCCUGGAAACCCCCAGGUGGCCCAGAGACAGUUGUGACACGCUACACCAUCUUGUACGCUUCCAGGAAGGCCUGGAUUGCGGGCGAGUGGCAGGUCCUGCACCGAGAAGGGGCAAUAACCAUGGCUCUCCUGGAAAACCUGGUGGCAGGGAACGUGUACAUUGUCAAGAUAUCUGCAUCCAAUGAGGUGGGAGAAGGACCCUUCUCGAAUUCCGUGGAGCUGGUUGUCCUUCCCAAGGACACGUCAGCAUCGAACCAGAGGCCCAAGCGUUUGGAUUCUUCUGAUGCCAAAGUUUAUGCAGGUUAUUACCAUCUGGACCAGAAGUCAAUGACGGGUAUCGCAGUAGGCGUUGGCAUAGCCUUGACCUGCAUCCUUAUCUGCGUUCUCAUCUUGAUAUACCGAAGCAAAGCCAGGAAGUCAUCUGCCUCCAAGACAACACAGAAUGGAACCCAGCCCUUAUCCCGAGCCAGCGCCUCUGUAGCCACGGGGAAUGACGUGGGGAAGAACCUGGAGAGAGCUUCAGAGAAUGAAGAGUCCCUGGUACCCAUGAUGCCGAGCAGCUUCAUUGAUGCGAAGGGAGGAACUGACCUGAUCAUCAACAGCUAUGGUCCUAUAGUUAAAAACAACACCAAGAAAAAGUGGCUUUUUUUCCAAGACACUAAGAAAAUGAAAGUUGAGCAGACUCCAAGAAGAGUCACCCAGCCCGUGUGCUUUUACCAGCCAGGCACCACUGUGCUGAUCAGCGAGGAAGACUCCCCCAGCUCCCCAGGUCAGACCGCCAGCUUCCCAAGACCCUUUGGGGCUGCCCUUGAUGCUGAGCAUUCGGCCAACAGUGAAGGCAGCCACGAGACGGGGGAUUCUGGAAGGUUCUCCCACGAGUCCAAUGAUGAGAUCCUCCUGUCCUCGGUCAUCACUGGCACACCCCCCACCUCGAAUUCUCUCGCCGGUGGCGAUUCUGAUGGAGAUGGUGCCGUGAAGAAGCGCGGAGACCCUGCAGAGCCCUUGCCAGCCGAGCAGACCUCCUCCUUGGCCCCACAGCCACCAGAGUCCACGGGGCCGUGCUUUACAGCCGAGGGGUUUCCCAUCUAG